AUGGCACCUGCACACCUCGAGAGCACCUACAAAGCAUCUCCCUUCCGCAAACCAACGCAGCAGCAGCUUCUUCCCAACACCACCGAGAGUCCCAUGGCUGGAGCGCGUCGGUCGGAGCAGUCCCUUGCUGUCGCUGGCUCGACGCGGGAUCCCGGCCGGCCCCAGCGCAGGCGGGCCCAAUUCCCGCUGUACGCCGAGCUCGCCGCGCUGCUCCCCGGCGACCUCUCUCGGGCGAACCAGGUGGAGAUCUUGGACGCGGCGGUGGCGCACCUGAAGGUGCUGUCGGGCACGGCGGCUGUGCUCGAGGCGUACAGGGCGCUUCAGCGCGACGCGGGGCCUGUGCGCCCAGCAGCUGUCGAGGUGGCGUCACGGGAGGCGGUCUGCAUAGCCGUGCGGGCGGCGGCAGCGCGUCCGGGCGCGCUGACGCGCUUGCUCGAAGUGUUCGAUCGGCGCGGAGUGGAGGUCCUGGGGGUCACGGUGACGCGCGACGGGCGUGCCGCGACUGCCGAUGUCAUGGUCACUGCGGCCGCCGCGGCGCCGGAGGUCGUCGAGCUCAUCAAGGCGGAGAUCGCUGGCAUCAAGUGAGCCAUGAUCGAUGCGGCUCGGAGCUAACCUUUUGGCAGUUUGAAUUGAGUUUCAUCGUUUAAUCCCCUACGAUGCAGUGGAAACUAAUUAGGAUUAGACAUGCGGAGCCGAUGAAUGGAUGAUUGCAACAGCAGAAACUAUGGAAAAAAUGGUAGAUUCAGCGGUUCA